AUGGCAACUCCCACCCCAAUCCUCACCCCGGAGCAGCGCCUCGCCGCCGAAAACGCCGAGCGCACGACGCGCAUAAUCCGCAACGUCGCCAUCGGCGGCGUAAUAGUCUGCCCCAUCAUCGCGCUCCUGCCGCCACGGAAACUCGACCUUUACACCUUCUCGCUCGGCGUCGGUUUUUACCUCUCCGCGGACCACCUGUGCGAAGCGCGCUACGGCCGCGGCAUCGUCAGCCAGCUGAGUCCGUUCCGGGCCGCGGGGCAGCUGCCCACGGAGCGCGCGCGCGAGGUACAGGAGCAGUUGCGUGUGGCGCGGGAGGAGGAGAGAAGGAAGUUGGGGAAAGACGGGGAGGGGGAUAAGGAGGGGGUGUUGAAGAAGAUCUGGAUGGGUGGGGAGACGGAGGGGUGGAAGGAGAGGCGCAAUGAAGAAGAGAGGAAGGCUAGAGAAGAGGGGAAGGGGUUUGCGGAUCUGAUUUAUGAACAGAUUUGGGAGGUGUGGAGUUGGGAAAGGAAGGGCAAGAAGGACGGGGAAGAGGGGGAGAAGAAAGAGUAG